AUGUCUCAGGAUUCCCAGUCUCAUGGCCAGACGCAGGUCGGUCUCGAUUCUAUUACCCUCGGCCAGCUCAAGGCCAUGGUUACAUCCGUUCCCAAACCAAAGCAAACGUAUUAUGACUUCCGAUACGAUGACGAGGACACAGUCCUCAAUGAGAUCGAGGAGUUCUAUUCUUACGUCGAAAUGCCCCAGGUCGCGGAGAAUCUCAAGGCCUGGGAAGGCUCCUUCACCGGAGAGUGGACCAAGAGCUCGUUUGCGCAGCGCAAAGCGCAUAUCGAGCUUCUCCUUGAAAGUUUAGAGCAUCGUGACACAGAGAUCCGCUUCACCAACGCCCGUAGGCUCCUUUACGUCUUACAAGGCACCUUUGCGGAGACAUCAUCUGCGGAACAUCAAUUGCAUUGGAUCUUUGAGAAUUGUAAGGUCGUGCGCGCUGCCAAUGGCUUGAGCAACAUCGUAGAAGCUAUCAAAAUUGCCAGUUCGAAACACGAUCUCCUAUGCAGCCUGUCGGACUCGGACGCUUCCCACUUCAACAUCUCUCCGUCGGAAAAAGCCGACUUCAUGGAAGAAGUUACGACCGAGCUAUCGGUGUACCUCGGUAUGCUAUAUCACAUGGUAGAAGUCUUCAAGGGCUACGAUGAUUUUGCCGACGAGUUGAUGAGUUUGGAUCCUCCCUUACCGGUUUACCUAUUCAAUGUGGUGGCCGGGCUGCGUGACAAGAGCGCCAAAGGCUACCCAGUCAAGAAGCUGCUUCUUGUCCUCUGGAAAACCUUACUUACAUGCUGCGGCGGGAUACGUGAAAUUGCCCGUGUGAAGCAAUUGUCGCGAGAGCUUGCCGGCCUCCCACUUGUCUCAGAUGAAGCCCAACCCAUCAAGGCGUCUCCUCUGGACAUCGAGACAUUCCGUCAAGAAAUCUCCAUCAAAUACCCAACUUUUACGCCUCCCCCAGCCCCGGUCGACAUCGUUUCCCCAGUACCCGUUCCUGCCCGUAUCCGCGUAGUCACCGCCAAACUCGCCCAAGCAUAUUCACCUAUCCCUAUCCGUCACCAUUAUGAGCAUGAUGAAGUCGACAUCCAGCACACAGGCCUUCCACAGAACUCGCACGGGCUCCCAUUCCACGCUCAAUCCAACCAGUCUUUUCGCCCCGGACCUCAGCCCGCUACUCCUGCGCCGUCCCCGCCGCCAUCGCCAAAGCCCAAGAAGCAACAGUUCCAGACGGAUCAGAGCCGCCCAUUCCUGUUCCCCUUCUCACGUAUGACGAGGUACAAGGAUGCACGGCUGGUCCCGUAUGCCAUCGACGAGGCGGACAAGCUGUACACCCGGCACAUGUACGUGAGCCUCGCGCUUUGGCAGAUGUGGAAGACCAGAGAGGAGUGCAUGACCGCGGAGAGUGGACUGGAUGUCAUGCCCGGCUCGGAAAAGAUCGCGGAGCCGAAGCCCCCUCAGGUCUCUUCAGCACAGGAUGAGACUUCUGAGACCCUGCCCGACAUCGUGCGUCUGGACGCUAUGAUCGCUGAAGCAGAAGCCUCCGUGGCGAAGGCGGAGUCAAGUAACGAUAGAAAGAAGGCACAGCAAAGGAAGGAAGACCUUAUGCGGUUGAGAAGAGUCGAGCAGAUAUAUAGUGCCGUACUGCCUGUUCUCUCUGGCUGGGUGCUAGUACUACUCAAGUUGCUAUUAGCUACGGUCUCUGCGGCCACGGCACCCCCACCAUCGGCCGCGUCGGCUGGCUUUCCGCCUGGCGUCCCCUCACCAUUAGAGCCUGCUCCGAUUCCAUCCUUGGAUGAGAUCGAUGUCACACGGCAUCGCGAGAUUACGUCGAAGGCCGUGUCUGCAAUCCUGCUCUUGACACUGAAAUGGUUCAAAGUAUCUCAUGUGAUGAAGUUUCACCAUCUGGGACAGUUAUUGCUUGACACAAACUGCUUGUUACUGAUCUUAAAGAUGUUUGGUCUGCAAGAGGUGUCGGUCACGAUCGUUUCCAAAGCCGAUGCGCCCGAGAACAACUUCUUCCGGUAUUGUCAGACGAACUUUGCACGAUCCAUGCCAUCCAACCGACCCGAAGAUAACCUGCCGAAAUCCUCCCGCCAGACUGUUGUGCAGACUCAUGUCCUUCCGAACGGCCUGAAGCGCGACGAGGAAGUCGACGUCCUCACUGAUUACUCGUGGCGGAAUUUCUUUUCGACGAUCAAUUUUGCCAAAAUUAUGCAGAAAUUGUCGAAGCACCGCUCGCACCGAAUCCGCAUGCUCGUGCAAUACAAGAGUUCCGCUGUACUCAAACGGAUGCUGAAAGUGCAACAUCCCAUGCUGCAGCUGCAUGUGCUGAAGCUGCUUAAGAGUCAAGUUCCGUUCUGCGGGCGGAAAUGGCGACAAUCAAAUAUGCAAGUCAUUACUGCAAUCUAUUUGAAUUGCAGACCGGAUCUCAGAGAUGAGUGGCUCACUGGUAUUGAAGUUGACGAUGUUGCAGACGCACAGGCGCAAGAGCAAGCGCUGCGACAUCUUGUCAAAUUCUACAACACCAAGAGAUACGGAGCCGCAGCUGCACACCAGUCUGGAACCCACAGAAGGACAGCGAGCAUUUCACAUCAUCUGGAAGGCUUACAUCCGGGGCCCGAGCUGUCUGGUAUCAUCCGCCCGCUCGCAACGCCGAACAACGUCGAUGCGGAUGUAUUUCCGCCGCUGCGCGCGCAGGCACCCGAUCCGUCGAUCUUCCUGCCCUACGUCACCGAGGACAUUGCCUUCGAGGAGGAAUACGAGGAGUACCUCUCGGACCUUGGUUGGUCAGAUGAGCAGUACGCCUCGCAGCAGCAGGGGCCGUUGUUCGGCGGCACUUCGGCAUGGCAUCGCCUGCCCGAGUUCGCGUCAGAUAUGGCGGAUGGAAUUAGUGACAGCGAGAGCAUCGUAUCUAUCGGAGAACUCGGCGAAGAGGCGCGUUUGGACUCGGGUAGGGAUGACCGAGAAGUUCCUGACGAGAAUCUGAAUAACUGGGAGCAUAUGAGUCCCAAAACCAUGGCUGCAUUGCAGAAGUCACCGGCUCAUGGUCGCCGUUCCAGUUCCGGAGGCGGUCUUCGUCCUGUGCUGCCAUUUGAGCUCGAUGAGAGCAGUGCGAUAGACGAUGAGAACGAGGAGGAAGAGCCGGAGUUGGGAAUGAUACCACGGGAUUCGUCGGGUCCUUUCCAUGCGGGGGCUGGUGUUGACGAAGUGGAAUAUGCUUAUGGGGUAUAG